UUUUAGAAGCUCCUGCUCGAGCUGAUCUGUACCAUAAGUUAUUUGUGAUUAGCUGCGGGUUGUGUUUGGCGAUCGGCAGUUACACCGUCGUGAAGCUACCGCCAAACCGCGCCGCCGGCAGUGGCUUUUACUUGGGAUGGACGUGCUUCUUUUGGAAAUGCUACAUUGUUACUGGUCUUUUUUCUGAGGGUCGGAUCUUUUGUUGGGAAUGUUAAAAUCCGGGACCCUCACAAAGUGAGGCGAAGUAUACGUACCAGUGAAAACAAGAGCAACGGUAAUGAAUCUGACAGAAUAAGAACCUAAGGUGCUCUUUGUUAAGGGGCGUAUCUUAUGUGCAAGUUAUCCUGGAGAGACCGCAACUGUUUGAGCAGAGGAAGGAUACGGGACAGCAAGUCAAGCGGAGGAAACCUUUCUACUGAAACAGUUCACCAUUAUUCUGAAACGUGUGGGGUUUGUUCUUUUUUCAGUUGAAUGCAAAUGUGUUGUAAAUGCUGAUUUGUACGAGUGGAGAGCCGAGAUUGGUUACAAGCAGCAGUACCACUAUUUUCAAUGAUUGUUCAUUUACUGGCAUGUUCUGCCAUAGUCUGGUGAAGGCACACAGUGCUUUAGUAUUGGAAAACAUUUUGAUUGUUUACCCUUGGAGUAAAUAUUAGCUUAUUUUGGGAAGACACGUUCGUGUUGUAUACAUUUGUAUGUCUAUUGUACGUAAUUAAUGGACACGAUCUGGCGUUUUGUGUAGCAGUGAUUCUGGAUGAAAGGAAAUUAGUCUUUCGGCUGUCUCUCCCGCUUGGUUUUAGCGCAGAGGCAGUUUUGUUUGACAGUAGCGAUCGGUUUAGAGACUUGCAUUUACUGAGGGAACCAUACUUUGUGAUAGCUUUAAAGGGAUUUUCAUCACUAAUUUAGAGGAAUAAACCUCGAAACGACUUUUGGAAGUCCAGGUUUAUUAUUACUCAGUAGUUUCCGAAACGCUGACUCUGGAUUAUUGCUACUAGCAAACAUUUGGUGGACAUCUCAUUUUCCCCCAUUUUGUAAGGAUGGAGGAAUGGAGGCAGUGUGGACGCUGGCUCAUAGACUGCAAAGUUUUACCGCAGGAUCAUAAGGUGGUGUGGCCCUCUGCGAUGGUAUUUGAUUUAGCCCAAGCUUUAAGGGACGGGGUUCUCCUCUGUCAGCUGCUCCACAGUCUGUCACCUGGAUCUAUUGACCUUAAGGACAUUAAUUUCCGGCCGCAAAUGUCCCAGUUUCUAUGCUUAAAGAACAUACGCACCUUUCUAAAAGUCUGCCAUGAUAAGUUUGGAUUACGGAACAGUGAGCUCUUUGAUCCAUUUGAUUUGUUUGAUGUUCGGGAUUUUGGCAAGGUCAUAUCUGCACUUUCCAGAUUGUCUCACCACAUUGUCUCUCAGAACAAGGGGAUUAGGCCUUUUCCUUCAGAGGAGACAACUGCAAGUGAUGAUGAUGAUGUCUACCGAAGCCUGGAGGAACUUGCUGAUGAGCAUGAUAUUGGUGAAGAUGACACUUAUGACAUUCCUUAUGAAGAUGAAGGUGAUGUCAUCUACGAAGUUAUCAUUAAAGAUGAAGUUCGACAACCCAUGAUCAGGUAUAUGCAGAAACUAGGAAUGACAGAAGAUGACAAAAGAAAUUGCUGUCAGCUGGAAAUUCAAGAAACUGAAUCAAAGUACUACAAAACAUUAGAUGACAUCGAAAAGAAUUAUAUGAUUCCAUUGAAACAAGUGCUAACUCCCCAGGAAAUGGAAGCAGUAUUUCUCAAUUUAGAGGAUUUAAUUAAAGUGCAUUAUGCUUUCUUGAGAGCAAUUGAUUAUUGUAUGAUGUCUGGAGGAAAUGGACUUGCUAAAGUUUUCCUGGACUUUAAAGAAAGAUUUUUGAUAUAUGGGGAAUACUGCAGCCAGAUGGAAUAUGCCCAGAAGACCUUAGAAGAGCUCAUUGCAACUCGAGAAGAUGUUAGGAUUAAAGUAGAGGAAUGCACAAUGAAGGUUCAAGAGGGGAAAUUCAAACUGCAGGACAUACUUGUCGUACCAAUGCAGAGAGUGCUGAAAUAUCACCUCUUAUUAAAAGAACUUCUCAGCCAUUCAUUGGAUCGCCCAGAAAAACAACAGCUUAAGGAAUCACUGGAAGCCAUGCAGGACUUGGCCAUGUACAUAAAUGAAGUGAAAAGAGACAGAGAAACAUUAAAGAAAAUCAGCGAAUUUCAACUUUGUAUAGAAAACUUGCAAAUGAAACUAGAAGAAUUUGGGAGGCCUAAGAAAGAUGGUGAAGUGAAAGUCAGUUCUGUAGUACAGAGAACGAAGCAAGACAGGUAUUUAUUCCUAUUUGACAAGGUUGUUAUAGUCUGCAAGCGGAGAGGCUACAACUAUGAAAUGAAAGAAGUAAUUGAGUUGCAGGUUUACAAAAUGACUGAUGAUCCAAUGAAUAACAAAGAUAUCAAAAAGUGGUCAUAUGGGUUCUAUUUAAUUCACUUAAAAGGAAAACAAGGCUUCCAAAUUUUCUGUAAGACUGAAGAGAUGAAGAGGAAGUGGAUGGAACAGUUUGAAAUGGCAAUGUCGAACAUCAAGCCAGAAAAAGCCAAUGCAAACCAUCACAACUUUCAGAUGCACACUUUUGAUAAAACUACUAACUGCAAGGCAUGCAAGAUGUUUUUAAGAGGCAUUUUCUACCAGGGAUAUCUUUGUUCAAAAUGUGGCACAGGAGCCCAUAAAGAAUGUUUAGAAAGUAUACCGCAGUGCAAAAUAAGUUCUUCAGACGAUGUGGACUCAGGAAACCAAAUCACAGGUCCAAUAAUGGUGGCAACGCGUAAUUAUCAUGGAAUCCCUCCUCCUCCUGGAAAGCCAGUACUAACAUUUCAAACAGAAGAUAUAAUAGAACUCUUAAAAGGAGACAAUGAUUCUACAUGGUGGGAAGGAAGAAUAAAUUCCACAGGGAGGUCAGGCUACUUUCCAAGUAGUGCUGUAAGACCAUAUCCUGUAAUUGGUGGGCCUCGAAGAAGGUCAGAACCAGAUUACAGUGUUUAUCCAUGGUUUGCAGGCAACAUGGAUCGGCCACAGUCAGAUGAUCUCUUGAAAUACCAUGUUAAUGGAACAUACUUAAUAAGGGAAAGAACAACAGAAGCAGGGAGAUUUGCCAUUAGUAUUAAAUACAAUGAUGAAGUAAAACACAUACGAGUUAUAGAAAAGGAUAAAUGGGUACAUAUCACAGAAGCCAAAAAAUUUGAAACACUUUUGGAAUUAGUAGAAUACUACCAGGUGCAUUCUCUGAAAGAGAGUUUUAAACAGCUAGACACAACAUUGAAGUAUCCAUAUAAAUCCAGAAGUAAAAUACCCACUCAAGCUUCCUGUGCUUCCUACAACUUUUCUUUUCUCAGUCCUCAGGGCCUCAACUUUUCUUCCCAGAACUCUUCCAGUCCUUUCUGGUCAGUGUUUACGCAUCGUGUUAUUGGAACAGCUGUGGCAAGAUAUAACUUUGCAGCACGUGACAUGCGGGAACUGUCAUUAAGAGAGGGUGACAUUGUCAAAAUCUACAAUAAGAUUGGUGGGGACCAGGGAUGGUGGAAAGGUGAAGCUAAUGGCAGAAUUGGUUGGUUUCCCUCAACAUAUGUGGAAGAAGAUUGAGGCCUGUAGCCAACACACUACAGCUGUUCAUUUUAAAAGCCAUUCCUUUGCACAAGUACAAAUGCCAGAAUACUGAGCAAUCAGCAAAAGUUAUUUUCUCUAGUAUUACAGUGAACCAUCAAGAAAUAUUUGUAUAGCAGAAGAAAACUCAGUUGAGAGAGCCCUUGGAACAUUGGGCAUAUCUUGUAAUUUUUUCUUGUAAAUAGAAAGAUGUUUAAAGAAAUUGAAUCUAGUUUGAAAAUGAAUUAUUUGAACACAUAACAAAAGGAAAAGUAUAAAACUAUUUCCCAUUAUAGUCAUUUGCACUGCAAAACCAGUUUUACUGGAUUUAUCUAGAAAGAUGCAAGGGGGAGGUACUGUAAUUUGUGAGUGACACAGUGAUUAAGACUGAGUUCAUUAUUUAAAAAACAAUAUAUUUAGUGGUAUGGUGAUGCUGGUUGUUUGUUGUCUUCUGAUUCUCAUGGGUAUCAGUAAAAUUCAUGCUUAGGGUCCAAGCCAGCAGUGUGAAACAAGGGAAAGAGAGCAGCCAGCAUGAAAUUGUAAUAAAGCACACCUGAGAAGCCAUGAUUUUGAUUCAAAACCAGACAUUCCAAAAAGGGAUCAGAGGAAUUGGUUCCUCAUUUUAUGUUGCACAAUUAAGCAUUAGUAGGCAACCAUUUACCUUUAGAGGCACAGUUCAUGUAUUUUUUUCUUCACUUUUCUAGCAUCAGUCUUGCUUCAUGUCUAGAGCUGACUGUCAUGUAGUUAGUCCUUUAUUCCCAGCAGGGAACGAUUCUCCUGGGCAGCUUUUUUGUUGCAUAAAGUGCUGGGAAAAAAAUCACAUAAAUUACUGUUGGGGCUAGAUAGGUACCAUAUCAUGUGUGAAAUCUAAGAUCAUUGUAAGUAAAAGCAUGCGUAACUGUUUAAAAUGCAUACUUGUAUGCUUUUUCUCUGUAUGCACAGAAGGAAGUCAGAAGUUGUUUUUUUACAGGUUUAUGGAUAUUUUAUUGCAAAUAUGGUGAGAGAACAGUGUACUAAAGCUGAGCCUUAAAAUGAAUUACAACCAGCUCAUGGGCAUUGUUGAUAAUAUACAAAACAUAUUUACAGAAGGUUACCUAAAACAAAUUGCUUUUUCAUUUUCAAAAUAUAACAGAUUGUCCCAUAUGAAGACUAAAGCUUCAUUUAUAUUAAAUCUUAUGUAACUCAAUAGAUCUGUUCUGAAAGUUUCAUAUAGAGGAACAUUAUUUUGUCCUAUUGAUAGACUCUGGUGUGGUAAUUUUGAUGAAUGUUAUCACAAAUUGUAAUUUUUAUUAUCAUUUUUAAAAUUCUCAGUGAUUCUUUGUGCUCUGCUGCACUAAAUAAACCUCCUUUUAAUGCCUGGGGGUCUUUGCACAGAUUUUCAAAAGUAACAAUAUAAGGGGCCUCUAAAAAUUAACCCUUUAGAGUAUGUCUUUGUGAGCUCAAUAUGGCAAAUAGUAAAGCGCAUGCAUUACCUUUUAGCACAAAGAAACUGUAUGGCUGUUCUUUGUCAUAUGGAUUGGAAGGUAAUGACCUUUUGCCUACACUUUCAUUUCAUUCAGCCAAAAUGUUUUUUUUUUUUUUUUUUUACCGUGAAUAUGAAGAGUCUUAUUUGAGAAAUAAAAUCUCAUAUACACUCUGCCAGGCUAUUAUCUUCAGCAACUGACUUCACCUUUGACUAAAUCACUACUGGUAAUGUAGCCACAACAUAUAUUGAUGUAGCAAUUGAUUAAUGACUGACACAUGAUUUCAGUUCUCCUUCAGACAUCUUUUGUUGUAAUAACUCUUUGAUUUGUGCAUAUGUGCGUGAGAGUGUUAAUGUGUAUGUAUGUGUAUAAUUAUUUGACAAAAUGCCACAAUGUAUGUGAAUAAUAAAAAUAUAGAAGUUUUAUGGUGGCACAAAAUUGUAUAUAUUUUGUUGGUUUCAAAAAUAAACUGUUACUUAAAAAUGUUUUAAAAAUGGGAAAUGAUGUGUAAAUGCCUUGAUUUUUUUGCACUACACUAAUCAUAAGAAGAAAAAAAAAGAAAUAAAAUUGUGAAUUAAACCAUAGAUGAAGGAAAAUUUCUGGGUAGAGUUCACUGCCAGAUCAGCUGUUUAGCUGCUGGAAUAACAACUGCAUGACAUUCUACAUUUUUUCAUGUCAUUAAACCAUUAAAACAAAUGUAAAUUUAACUAUCAGUCAUGAUUUUUACUGCGAAUAAAACUUACAUUCCUUUUUGCUUAA